UCCUUCAAAACAUUUUUGCUGUAAUAACAAAAACAAAGGUUACAAGUUUCCUACUGGAAAGUGAAGUAUGUAGAUGCAGAGAUUAAAAAUACAGGGCGACAAAAUAAAGUUGAAGCUUGAAUUUAAAGUACAAUAUGAAACAUUUUGAGAUAUUUUAAAAUAGUUUUACUUGGAAUUUUGUAUACCUUUCCAAGAGUCUAUAAUUUUCAGUGUAAACUCCGUCUUAUUAUUUUAAACUAUUUUUUAAAAUUAAAAAAAAAAAAUUAUUAAAAACUGUUUUCCAAGGAUUGCCAAUACAACCUUGUUGUCUCGAGCUCAAAACAUCCAACGAAAGCUUUAAUAUUGUGGUACUCGUAGCGUUCAUACAUAGCCGAAAAAUCACCACCAAAGAAGAAAAUGUUGUCAACGAAAACACAAAUACCACCCAACUGCGGAGCUCAAUUCUCAACUGUUUUGCCUGUCAACGAAUAGAAGCCAAAGGACCUUCGGGCUUGUUACAACGCAUCAACGGAAUAAUGCAUUAAUUUUGUGAGUUUCAUACUAAACUUCCGCAUGUGGGGAAAAAAGGCUGCAAGAGACAGAAAAAUGUGAAAAAUAAUAAUUUUUUUCUAAAAGGCAAGGCAUACAUUUUUAUAAAUAGUGGCUACGAGUGUAGGGCACAUGAAGAAAGCGAAGGAAAGUGUGAAAUUUGCGGUGGUUAUGUGAAAAUUGUUAAUGAAAAAUUGGGUUGGGGAAAAUUCUCAAACACAGCAGCCGCAGUAUAGUAGUGGAAAGCGAAAGCGUAAAGAGAUGCGAGAGUAGACGUUUUUGUAAAAGUAGCGAAGUAAGAGAACGAGCGAAGGGGACAGUAGUUUAAAGCAGUGUGUGUUCAAAGCAAACGUGAAUGUUUUAUAAAUACUAUAAAUGGGGAAAGGGUGGAAAAUGUGCCACUGACCGUACCACAACAAAAGCGAAUUGUUCCUGCAAUCGGGUCGUAAGCGUACAUGUAAAGCAGUUCGUUUGCAGUCGCAAACGGUUAUUACUCGGGCAGGAAGUGUGUGCGAUAAAAAAACAAUUCAAAAUGUAAAUGAAAAGUGAAAUGAAGAGUUAAUGAGCUGAAAAAAAAAUGCAAAUGAGAAAAGAAUUGAGCGAUAAUAUUCCCAUAAUCAGAAUACGCACACUAAUAUGACAUUUUCAUUGAAAAUUUCUUUUUAUAAGCCGCCCACCAUACAAUAUCAUGCUCAAUAAUAAAAUUAAAUAUGUAUGUACAUUGAAAAUUACGUUUAUCAAGUGAAAAGUGCUGAUCCAGCGUAUAAAACAUAUUAAAAAGAUGACGGGUUUACCGAAAUCUUCAUUCGCUAGAAGCGCCAGCUGUAGCAGCGACAGCAACAAUUUUGCAUAAACAUAAUAAAUAUUUUGUAAAUAUUAGCUUCACUCGCCGCUGUAGCGCUGUCGCCGUCAACACCAUCAUUUGCUCUCCACGCUCACGCUCACGCUCGCGCAUACGCCCUGUUCAAUCUAAAAGUGGCUGUCACAGUCGGAGUCAACAUUGACGCCAUCGCUGGCGCUACUGCAUCUUUUUAGUUGCUGAAAGCAGGCCAAUUGCUUUGGCAAACAGCAAACGGAAAGGAAAACACACAACAACAACAACUAUAGUGGCAAGAAAAUGCAUUCUGCGGACUUGUAUGAAAAUGAGGAUGAACGACGCCACGGCCACGAUGACACACGCGAAUUGCAGAAUUUGGAUUGGCCCUUCUUGAUAAAGGGUAUACUCGAGAGUCCAUCAUGCGCGACAACUACACCUGACACCUUGUCCGCCUUGCUAUGGACAAUUACUGCGGUUUUCGGUAUCGUUUAUGCGCUCCUCGGUUAUCGCUGCCUACGCGCUGUGGGAUUCCUAAGCGGUCUGCUCGUCGGUGCCAAUAGUAUUUUUAUUUUACAGGAUUUUCAAAUAACACUACUUGGCAAACCGGCAGAUUCGGCACUAGCCAUCGUAGCGGGUCUCCUCGGCGCGGUCAUUGGUUCCACAUAUCCGGUGGCGUCGGUGCUAAUCAGCGCAUUUGCAGGUGCACUGGUUGCUGGUGCAGCAAUGGCUGUAUGCGUGGCCACAAUGCCCGAUAAUGAGUUUGGCUACCGCGAAAUUUAUGUAGCUGUUGUGGGUGGCGCUGUCAUUUGUUCUGUGCUGACGCUGUGUUGUGUCAAAUAUGUGACAAUACUAACAUCGAGUAUUGUGGGCAGCGCGAUGAUUAUAGCGUCCAUCGAUUUUUUCAUGCAUAGUCUAGAUACGAUAAAUUGGAUUUUAAAUAUGAAACCGAAUCCCUCGCCACCGCCUUGCUAUGGCGGUAUUUUAAUAUGCACUUGGCCGGUUGCCAUCAUUAUUAGCAUAAUGGUACAGUGUUUCAUCACAGCCUGGCGCGUGGAUCAUCGAAAGCGCGUCUACCUGCGACACCAUCAUCAAAUGGCGCGCUGUGGCGCAGCUGGCAUCGGUGCGAAUAGAAUGAGUGGACGACCGCGUGAGACACGCGAGGAGGCAAGCCAACGCAAGUACCGUUAUCUAUAUCAGGUUCGCACAGCGCGUGGCGAUAUUAUUUCGCAGAACUUCGUGUCGGCACUGCAGAAACGAAUACAGCUAGGCGGCACAGAAACGCCGUCGGAGCGCUCCAUCAAAACGAGUUCGAACGAGCGUAAUACAUUUCGAAGCGAUCGCACACACUUCACCACCAUACCAGAUUCCGAAAUGUGUGAUAAAAUCGAAAUUGUGCGCGAUAUAGGAUAACAAACAAGCAACAGUUACAUGUAAAGUGUAGGUGGCAGCAAAGCGCCGCAUGUGAAUUUUAAAAGGCAAAGGAAGAGAAAAUGCGGAAAUAAAUGAACGGAGUUGAGCGGAAAUCACUUCCAUGCAUACUCGUAGGAGUGUGAAAGAGAUGAGUAGAACAUGCUUGUAGCCAACUGAAAAUUGUGAGAGUGUGUUGUGUAUGUUUUCGAGGCGAUCGCUGAGCGAAUAUGGCGGAAGUGUAAUGAUUGACUAGGCAGCCCUACUAAAGUGAUAAAAUGUGACAGUGCAUUUAAAAGCGAAAAUGAUGUGUGUAAAUAAAAUUUGAGAACGUUGAAAAUGCUCGUAAUAGGAAACGUAUACAUCUAUAGAAAUGUAUGAAAGUGAUAAGCAAAUAAAUAAAAAUUGUUGGUUUCGCGCGCAAAAUUAAAGUAAAAAACGAAGCGGAAGCAUUAAAAUAAAAUAACUUAUUAAAAUUAAUGCAAGGAUGAUAAAUUACAAGGCUUGGCCAACCGAAUAGAAAUUUGGAGAGUAACCUUGGCUGUUACGUCAGAGGGAUUUUACAGCGACAGAGAGAGGCGAAUGAAAUGAAAACAAAAUGUGUAAAGUGAGGUUAAUUGAAUACAUUUCCUAGCCUAAUAGAUUACCAGGUUUGGCCUUCAGCUAGGGUGAAAAACGAAAUUAAGCGAGUAACUUCGGCAGCCACCUCUCCGGGCACUCGGCAGCAGAAUUCUGCACGUUCAUUUCACACGUAUUCACACACUCGUCCUAUCAGUCAUUCUUCAGUCGACAACGAAGCAACAUGAGCAAAUACCGUAUUGAUUUUUUCAUACAACAACAACAUAAUCUAAGUUUUUUCGUAAAAAAAAAACCCGCUGUCAUGACUCCGGUCUGAUAUUGGCCACACCUUCUGAUUUUUUUUCACUAACGUUGUUCAGGCGGCAACGAAGUAACAUGGACAGUGGUUGCGUUGAUUUUCUCGUACAUGACCAACACAAGCUCAGUUUCUGCCGAUCUCUGUUGUAAACGAACAGCUGUCACACAUCCGCUGCUACGUCAGCAAAUCAGCCGGUUCCUUCAAUAUCGCUAAGAGCCGGUUAACGGUCUGAUGUUGGCCACUACUUCUGUAUUCUCUCCACCUUGAAUUUAAUGCAUGUGAAGAGAAUAAAUUACACACAUAGAAAUUGCGAAACAACGUGUUUUUACGAAAAUUGCACGCUUCCAGUUUUGUGAAGAUAAAUGAUAAAUAAAUGGUAUCUUGUUUGAUAUUAAUUUCAAGUACAAGCAAAUUAAUGACACUAGUUUCUAAGUUCCUCUUUGGUGAGUGCAGACAAGUAAAAAUCAUAAGUAACUACUACUCAACAUUACCUAAAACUAUGAUGUACAAUAGGGAGUAUCAGGCUUUAACUUACAAAGUAGUUGAUUUUUGUUUUAUUUUGUUAAAUUAGAUAUUUUAGCAUUAAAUUAGUUUAAGUGUUUACUUUCAUAUGCCAAAUCAAUAAAUCACCCAAACUUAA